AAACCCCUCAGCCCCGCUCCUCCUUCCCACCGACAUCUGAAACAAAUAACCCCCGAAAAAGAUCCAGCGGCUCUCAAUUCAACAAACCCUUUCCACCAAUGGACGUCCGAAUGUUCGGCUUCGAGAACCCCCUCCUCUCGACCCUCCACCACCUCGUCGGCGACAUCCCCGACGAGGCCGAGAAAUCCCGCACCACCCCGACCGGGACCUACGUGCGCGACGCCCGUGCGAUGGCGUCCACCCCGGCCGACGUCAAGGAGCUGCCCACCGCGUACACCUUCGUGGUCGACAUGCCCGGCGUCAGCUCGGGGGAGAUCAAGGUGCAGAUCGAGGACGACAACGUGCUGGUCAUAAGCGGGGAGAGGAGGAGGGGGGAGGAGCAGGGGGAGAGGGAGGAAGGCAGGUACCUGCGGAUGGAGAGGAGGAUGGGGAAGUUCAUGAGGAAGUUCUCGCUGCCGGAGAACGCUGACCUCGAUAAGGUUACAGCGGAGUGCAGGGACGGGGUGCUGACCGUGACGGUGAUGAAGAAGCCGCCGCCGGAGCCCAAGAAGCCCAAGACCGUCCAAGUCAAGGUCGCCUGAGCCUGAAGUUUAGUUUGUGUUCUUUUCCAUGUUUUGUUAUGUGUUCUGUUGCUAAUGUUUGAAUGUCACUCGGUGUGAGCAGUUCGAUGUGCUAAUGUGCUGUUAAAUGCCAUCGUUUUGUAUGCGAAUAAAGUAAUGCCUUGUGUCUGAUGAGCAUCUGUGGGUAUUA